UCCCAGCCGAGCGGGCGGAGCCCCGCAGCGUCCCUGGGACUUUGCUCAAGGUCCUGCCACAGGUGGGGCCGCGGCGCGAUUCCCCCCGGAGACUCCUGGCGCGGGGAGCCUGAGGGGGCCCCAGGGCUCCCGCUGCAGAGAGAAGAUGUCUGACCCACAGGAGCAGCAGCGGCAGUUUGGAAUCAUGUCCAAAAUCCAUGGUGAGGUCAGAGGCCUAGCCAGAACUAGGUGCCCAUUGUGCACAGAGCUCUUCUUGGCCCCCAAAAUCCUGCCCUGCCUACACACAUUUUGCAUGGCCUGUCUUGAGCAGCUGGAACCCUUUUCAGUGCUCGGCUUCCAGGCAGAAGAUUCAGACUCUACCUCAGAUGGGUCGUGGCUCCAGAAUCAUCAUCAACCACUGCUCAGCGUCCUUUGUCCUGUCUGUGAUACAGAGGUGGAUUUGCCACCAGGUGGCAUUACUGACUUGACCACUGACCACCUGGCCAUGAAUGAAGUGCUACUGGAGACCCUGCAGGCGCAAGGCCGAGGAAUGCUGUGUGAUCUCUGUGUGGAUGGGGAAGCCGUGAAGCACUGUCCCACCUGCAAAGCCAAUCUCUGCCACUUCUGCUGCCAGGCUCACAGGAGACAGAAGAAAACAGCUUCUCAUGCUGUGGUGGAUCUAGAGGACCUGAAGGGCUACAGCUGGACUGAGAAGUCCAUUCUGUGCCCUUCCCACCCUUCAGAGGAGCUGACGCUGUUCUGUGAACAGUGUGAGCAGCCUGUGUGCCGGGAUUGUGUGUUGGGCGAGCACCGGCAGCAUCCAUAUACCUUUACUGCCAAUGUCAUCCACAAACACGGAGAUUCCAUGCGGGACCUCCUCAAGAGCACCCAGCUGCAUGUGGACACCCUAGAAGGGGCCCUACGCCAUAUUGAAGGAGUCAGCAGUGCCAUCUGCAGUCGUGUGGAGGCAGUGGCUGGGGAGAUCCGCACAUUUGCAGAUGGAUACAUAAGGGCUAUUGAAGAACACCGGGACCGGCUGCUGAAGCAGCUGGAAGACUUGAAGGUGCAAAAGGAGACCCUGUUGCACUUACAGAAGGCACAGCUGGAGCAGCUGUUGAUGGACAUGAGGACUGGGGUGGAGUUCACUGAGCGCCUGCUGACCAGUGGCUCAGACUUGGAGAUCCUUAUCACCAAGGGGGUGGUGGCGAGCCGGCUGAGAAAGCUGAAUAAAGUGGAUUAUAUCAUCCACCCUGGAGUGGAAGAUGGGAUCCAGUUCUCUCCCCAUGAAAAGGCUGGCCAGUGCUGUGGCUAUGAGGUUUUUGGGACCAUUCUCAAUAAGGCAGUUGAUCCAGCCAAAUGUGUCCUGCAAGGGGAAGAUCUCCACAGUGCCCGUCAGAAGCAGCUGGCCAGCUUUACUCUGCUGUGUAAUGAUGCAUCGGGAGAGCGGAUGGGGAGAGGAGGAGAGCCCAUCCGGGUCACGAUCAUCCACAAAGACAAGAAGGACUGUAUAAUCAAGCCCAGCGUGUGUGAUAGGAGGGAUGGGACUUACCACAUUUCCUACAUCCCUGAGGAGCUGGGCACAUACACUGUCUGCAUCUGUGUCAAAGGGCAGCAUGUACAGGGCUCACCAUUCACUCUGACUGUGAAGAACAAAUUCCGCAAACACCAGGGCGUGUUUCAUUGUUGCACGUUCUGUUCCAGCGGAGGCCAGAAAGCCGCUCGCUGCGCUUGCGGUGGGACCAUGCCAGGUGGGUACCAAGGCUGUGGUCAUGGUCACAAAGGUCACCCCGGCUGUCCCCACUGGUCCUGCUGUGGCAGAGCAAUUGAAAACUCCGAGUGCUCAGCUGUGCCACCUGGUGAGAACUUGCAGAGAAGCCUGCUCAAAACUGUGGUGCUUUAACUGGCGGGGAGAGUCUCCUAGAGCUCAGAGGGUCUCCGCUGGCUGGGACUCAGGCCUAAACCAACAGAAGUGCAGUUACUGUCACGUGGCCGUCAUU